AUAGUGUUAAAAGCUAUUAUAUGCAGUCACGCCUGUCGGGUUUAGCAAAAAUGUGGCAUAAUGCUCUACGGAGUUACGAGAUGACAUGGCUUGAAUGGAAGGAACGGAUUCUUGAGGCUUUUCCUCAAAACCUGGAUUAUGCUGAGGCUCUUAAGGAAAUGAUCAAUAGAAAGAAAUUAUUCACUGAGACAAUGACACACUAUUUUUAUUCUAAAUGUAACAUGUUAACGAAAUGCGAAAUCACGGGUGACAAGGCUGUGUCAUGUUUGAUCGAAGGGCUACCAUUUCACUUAAAAACCUCAGCUAGAGCAGGUAACUACAGAACCCCUGGUGAGUUAUAUUCUCAGUUCUUGUGUAUGAACGAUGAGAAAAAGGGACCUCCAAACCGACAAUAUCCAACGCGUGGCAAAGAUUUCAACGCUCCAAGUGGGUCAAAGGAAGUGAUCGCAGGAGAACAGAAGCCUACAUCAUCAGCAAACAAACCAUCGGUAACCUGUCUUUUGUGCAAGGAAGCAGGUCACGUCGUGUGGUCCUGUCCGAAGAAUCCCAACGCUGUUAAAUGUGACGUCUGCGGGAAGACGAACCACAAGACGGAGCAGUGUUUCCGGAAGGCUUCGGUGAAUCUUGUUGACUCCCAGAGUCGCAAAGUCGUCAGGAUGGACGAGUGUCAAUAACGGCCAUACAAGAGUCUCUCAAACAGCCUAUAGAUGGCGCGACGGUUGCGUCAAUGGAGCAACGUCACUGCCAUCAACACGUCAAACCACUUCUUUCCCAUCGUGGCCGCAAGAGGGCGCUCGUUCGUGCAACAAUGGCGCCAGCAUUCCCGCAAAACGGACCAAUCGGAGGCGUUCGUACCAAUCACGCCACGGGCACCUCGCAACGUGAUUGGUCGAGGCAACUGUAACCAGAUUAUUGGAGGGGAGUUCGUUAUCCAGCCGUUCGAAAAUGUAGACCGACGUGGGCUUUACGCUUUGAACCUUCAUCGAAAAUGCAAGUGUAAAG